GUCUGAUAACAAUGAUAUACCCAUAUCGUACUCACCUUGUCCACUGGACAAGUUCAUUGUCUGCGAUGAUGGGAUGAGUUGCUCGCAGACGUAUAAUAAGACGCAAGAAAUGCCCUACCUCAGCAAUCACCAACGACAUGGCCUCUUCUCCAAUCGCAUUGGAUACAUUCUCGACCGUAGAGAUAUGACGGACCCUCUAUCUGAUGCUAUUGGAGACGCAAUCGACCGCAGAGACAUUCUCGACAGUGAAGGCAUACUUGAACAUGGAGACCAUUGCGAUCAUGGAGACUCUCUCGCCCAUGGAGACCCUGAAGACCCUCCCAACCGCAAAGCCAACUGACGGCAAGCUCUCCAGCCCUGUGCCAGGGCCGGGAACCUGCACAAGGUUAGAGGACCUGCCGAUGGAUGUCUUCCUACUGUACAUCGUAACCCAACUCCACCGACGCGACCUCCGCAACCUGCGGUUGGCCGCGCCGGACCUAGUGCACACACUGGGGGCGGUGCUGCAGCGACGGUGCCUGGGGUGGGCGAUGCCCAGCGCGGCAACCUACGAGCGGUGCAUGGAGCGAAGCGAGAACGGCCACCUGCAGGCAAUCCGCUUGCCGGAGCCGCUCGAAGUUUCGUUUAUGCGAAACUGGGUGUUUUACCACUCGGACUUGACCCACCAGCCGUUCGCGCUGGCGAUCCUGGAGGGCCGGUGCGGCGUGGUGCGGAACGUCCUGGACGCGGGACUUAAUCCGCACUCGCUGUACGACCUCUACGGCACGCCGUUCUGGUUCCUGGUAAUCAGGAACAGGACCGUGAAGAUGCUCGAGCUGUUCCUCGCCUACCCGGGGAUCGACGUCAACCAGCAGACCAGCUGGCAUACCCUCGUCCUCGACGACCUGCCGGCCGGGAGGUGGCACGGUUGCCAGAGGCAAUAUCCUCAGCUGUGGUUUGACAAGCACACCAUCCUCCGGGACGAACCUGAGGAAAUUCAAGAGGAUACGGUGAAGAUCAUGGAGAUGCUGCUGGCCCGCGGCGCCCGAUUCAAUACCCUGGACUUCCUCCGGUUCAUGGUCUGCCGUCCCCGCGGGCUAGAACUCCUCCGCCAGGCUAUCAGGAAUGCCAACUAUGUCGACGAUGGCUCGGGGAAGCUCCUCAUGCACCUCGCCUACGCGCUGCGCUUCCUUUCGCAGACUGUCGUAGACGUGCUGCUUCAGGAGCUUCCCGACGCGCGCACCAGGAAGGUCGGUUGUCUCGUCAGAGACGCUCUGGAGCGACGGGGUCAUUUUCGCAGGUGGGGACGCCCCUCCUGGCGGAUGAUCGCCCACAUGAUCGAGGAGGGCUUCCCGUUGGGCUCCCUGGCCGGCCUGCCAAACGCCGAGUUUGUCGAGCUGGCUAUCGUCCUCGACAAACUGACCCCCAAUCCCAGAUGGCACGGCUCCGACGAGCUGCCGGCCAGGGCUCGCCAGCGGUGGUCGCGUCUCGCAGAGCUGCUUCUCGCGCGUCCUGAGCUGCAGCAGGCCGGCUUCCAGCAAUGGCGAGACCCAGUCACCAUGCUCAAAGACCCGCUCCGCUCCGCCGUCGUCUCCCGAGACUGGCUCCGCGUCAACACUUUGCUCAGGCAGAAUACCGGUCAGUGGCAGCGCAUGAAAGGCUACUAAAACCCCCACACCCACCCACUUUCCUACAAUACAUAAAUGUAUAACAGAAUAAAAGCGUCCCGGGGGAAAACCCCCGGACCCCCCUUUUCUUUCAACUUCCUGGAAACCUCAAUCCUUGCACAAGAGAUAGAGAGUAUCCGGGGGAGAACCCCC